UGGAUGGGAACAAACUUGGGACCGAGGACAGACGUGGGCCCAGGGCACCCUGGCAGAAGACCCAGGCAGUGAGGGCCUGCGGCCCCAGAUCAGGGCAGCGGCGCGGUGGGAGCGGCGGGGACCUGCGUGAGGACGCCCUGAGCUCCCGGCAGGCCAAGAGCGAGCUGGCGAUGCCUCAUAACUCCAUCAGAUCCGGCCAUGGGGGGCUGAACCAGCUGGGAGGUGCUUUCGUGAAUGGCAGACCCCUGCCCGAAGUGGUGCGUCAGCGCAUCGUGGACCUGGCCCACCAGGGCGUGCGGCCCUGUGAUAUCUCUCGCCAGCUCCGUGUCAGCCAUGGCUGUGUCAGCAAGAUCCUGGGCAGUAGGUACUACGAGACUGGCAGCAUCCGGCCUGGGGUGAUAGGUGGCUCCAAGCCCAAGGUGGCCACCCCCAAGGUGGUGGAGAAGAUCGGCGACUACAAGCGGCAGAACCCCACCAUGUUUGCCUGGGAGAUCCGAGACCGGCUCCUGGCUGAGGGCGUCUGUGACAAUGACACUGUGCCCAGUGUCAGCUCCAUCAACAGAAUCAUCCGGACCAAAGUGCAGCAACCAUUCAAUCUCCCCAUGGACAGCUGCGUGGCCACCAAGUCCCUGAGCCCAGGACACACUCUCAUCCCCAGCUCAGCUGUGACACCCCCGGAGUCACCGCAGUCCGACUCUCUGGGCUCCACCUACUCCAUCAAUGGGCUUCUGGGGAUUGCCCAGCCCAGCAGCGACAGCAAGAGGAAGAUGGACAACAGUGACCAGGAUAGCUGCCGGCUGAGCAUGGACUCCCGCAAGCACCUUCGCACAGAUGCCUUCAGCCAGCACCACCUGGAGCUGCUCGACUGUCCCCUGGAGCGACAGCUCUACCCCGAGGCCUACGCCUCCCCCAGCCACACCAAAAGCGAGCAGGGUCUCUACCCGUUGCCCCUGCUCAACAGUGCCCUGGAAGAUGGAAAGGCCACCCUGACCCCGUCCAACACACCCUUAGGGCGCAACCUAUCGACUCAUCAGACCUAUCCCGUGGUGGCAGAUCCUCACUCACCCUUCGCCAUAAAGCAGGAAAGCCCUGAGGUGUCCAGUUCUAGCUCCACCCCUUCCUCUUUAUCUAGCUCCGCCUUUUUGGACCUGCAGCAAGUCGGCUCUGGGGUCCCUGCUGGAGCCUCGGUCCCGCCCUUCAAUGCCUUUCCCCACACUGCCUCCGUGUACGGGCAGCUCGCGGGCCAGGCCCUCCUCUCAGGACGAGAGAUGGUGGGGCCCACACUGCCCGGAUACCCACCCCACAUCCCCACCAGCGGGCAGGGCAGCUAUGCCUCUUCUUCCAUCGCAGGCAUGGUGGCAGGAAGUGACUAUUCUGGCAACGCCUAUGGCCACACCCCCUACUCCUCCUACAGCGAGGCCUGGCGCUUCCCCAACUCCAGCUUGCUGAGUUCCCCGUAUUAUUACAGUUCCACACCAAGGCCGAGUGCACCACCCACCACCGCCACAGCCUUUGACCACCUGUAGUCACCAUGGGGACAGUGGGAAUUACAGGGCAGCAGGAGGACCCAGCCUGGGACAGUCCCCAGAGUGUCACCGAAAGGAAUCUUUAUUUAUUACAUGAAAAUCACAAGUCCAGCCUCACGGGUCACUCCCUGUGUGGUUGACUUAAUGAACCAUGAGCCACAGAACAGCUUCGGAGAAGGCUGGACGCUCCUCCAAGAUUCCAUUGAGGGCAGGAGUCCCAUCCCAAAAGAUACAGAAUGAGAAAUGUGGGGAGACAGGUGCGGCCAGGAGCUCGAGACAGAUGGCAGUUGGGUCCAUAGUGAGCUGAGGGCCCAGCCGUCCUUUUGUCCAGCCCACGUCAUAGCCACCCUGAGGGUCCCUCCCUCAGGGCUGCCCCAGAGCUGAGGCUCUGGCCUUCUUGGCCCCUCCUGCACCCCACCCCCUCUCUUGGCCACAGGCUGAGUGCUGGGUCCAGUCAACCAGAAGCUCUAACUGGUGAUCAGGGGGCCUCCUCCUGCCUGCUGCUAGGAUGCAAAAGAGCACUGACUUGUCACACUGGGAGACAGGUUUCCCAAAGGGCCCAGGCAGAGCAGCCCUGUGGCCCACACAGCCCAACCAAGGAGGCCCCACUGAGGAGACCCCUGUGCCCCCAGCCAGCAAUGUAGUUUCCCUCUCCUACUUGCCCGGGCUUGCGUUUCAAGGCCUGACUGUAAAUACUGUAAAUGCAGCUCUGUGUGGGCCUGCUUCCCUGUGUGUACUUGGGCCUCUCACUGAAUUGUCCCUUUGCCGUGCUGGGUUUCUCUCCUCGCUGCUUCUUUCUAUUUGAAAGGCUGCCCACCAUUGCCGCUUAACUCAAUAAACCACGACUCCAUUUCAGGCUCUGGGGUUGGCUAGGAAGUCCCCGGGGCUGGAGCCCCCACUCUGACUCGUGCAUGUCGCACACCACCUAGCCUAUGCUUUGUCUUCUGCAGCUCUGAGUAAAUGCAAGUAUAAAAUAAGCACAAGGACAGUCCCAGCCAGUCGUAUUCACCCAAAUAGCGUGGAGGCUGGUGACCACCUGCCCGGGCACGGUGCACAGAAGCAACCUGUGACCUGGUGGUAUGUGGGGGGAGAUGAUGUGCACUAUGCUGUACUGUGCCAGGUGCAGUGUGGAGUCCUCACACCAAAGAAGGUGGGAUUGGCCCCAUUUUACAUGUGGGGAAACUGAGGCUCAGAAAAAAAUGAAACAACUUGCCCGAGGGGGGAGCGGUGGACUCAAUGAAGUUCUUUUACUGUAAGUCCAGCACUUCCAACACUGCAGGGCCCUGGUCAGGCUGCCGGAGGGUCCUAAACACAGGGGAGCCAUGGAGAGGCAUGGGGUGGCCGGGACAGGAUGAAGGGGAGUAAGCCCACAGGGACAGCCCUUUCUAAGUUCUGGAGAACAAAGGGGCACAUACUAUGGUGACUGCAAGGGCUCUGCUCCACAGGGUGCCUGGCCCCCCAGGUGCUGUGUGCUAUCUGUAUGGACCCUCUCCACGUGGGAUCCCAAAAACAAGGGGCAGGGCUCUGGCUGGAUGCCAAGGUGAAUUUGACAGCUGGACAGACAGAAACUGGGGUUGAGUCAGAGGGAAGGUAUCUUCACCCCCAACACACACAGCACCCGGGGACUCUAAGGCUGGGAGGUAGGAAAGGCCAGGGGUGCUUACCAAGAACAGCAUGGAGCCACGGGGUGGGGGGACCCUCCCACGGAGGCAACUGGUCCCUGCCUCUUCUGAGGGGGUGCGAGAUGAGGCUGGUCCUUCAACAAUGGGGCUUCCCUCUCGCUACAAGCCUAGCAGCGGGACUGGACCCCAUUAUGCCUGAGGCUCCUUGCACUCUGGAACCUCUGCAUCCGAGGCCCUGAGGCAGCCCCCACCUGGUUCUGGGGCCACAGUGAACCCCACCCAUGAAUCACUGAGAUGCAGGGCACCCAGGGAGCUUCUGGGGCUGGCUUUCUCUGACCCCAAAGGAAAAAGGGACUUGUGCUGUGCUUGUGCUGUGGGUGACAUGGUUCAGUACUCCCUUUCCUGCCCCUCCUGUUCCAGGCACACACUCAGCCCUGGGACAGCUCAGGCAGGGGAGUUAGUGCCACUGCUUACGCUGGGCCUGCCGAGGGUGCCCCUCUGCUUCCUCCCCACACGCCUUUCCCACCAUCCACCUUGUCCUGGGACGGGGGCUCCCUCACCCUCGGAA